GCCCGCCGACAGAGGGUGCUGUGGCGAGCAAAGCUGACCGAUCAGCAGCAGCUUUUCCUCACUGCCCUUCCAGCAGCAUCUCACCUUCAACCGGCCAGACACACAACCACCGCCGCACCCGAAAAGACAAAUAAGGACCAGGCAGGAGAGACAGACGGCGUCAAAUCAACCAACGAGGGGAACCGAGCAACAUCAGACUAGUUUGUUUUAAUGAUGUAGGCUAUCGUUUUGCGGUUUUACAUCUAAUUUAGCCCGCCUCACUGCGACAAGAAAACGCCAUCCAGCUGCGUAUAAAUAAACCCAUCAGGAUAAACCGUGCAGCCUGUCCGCCGUCCUCAGAGUCCUCUCGACAAAGAAGGACGAAUCACUGCGCACACCUCGUCGUUUAUUUUGACGGUCACAUCAGGCCCCGAUCGGCGACUGGUCACCUCCAGGCUUAGCAGCAUCUCUCCUCUCAACAGAAAGCAGCAUCCUUCCUCCUCCUCCUCCUCCUCCUCCCUGAAUCUGCGCAAUGGCCGAUGUCCCAGCUGAGUGCAACAUAAAAGUGCUGUGUCGCUUUCGCCCUCUGAACCAGUCGGAGAUUAUACGCGGGGACCAGUUUCUCCCCAAAUUCCAAGGAGACGACACCGUCGUUGUCGGGGGGAAGUCCUACUCAUUUGAUCGAGUGUUUCCGACCAACACCACCCAAGAGCAGGUUUACAGUGCCUCUGCCAAGCAGAUUGUCAGAGAUGUUCUGUACGGAUACAAUGGCACUAUCUUUGCAUAUGGACAAACCUCCUCUGGGAAGACUCACACCAUGGAGGGCAAGCUGCAUGACCCUCACCAGAUGGGCAUCAUUCCUCGCAUUGCAGAGGACAUUUUCAACCACAUCUUUGCCAUGGACGAAAACCUUGAAUUCCACAUCAAGGUUUCAUACUUUGAGAUCUACAUGGAUAAAAUCCGCGACCUUCUGGAUGUGACAAAGACCAACCUUUCUGUCCACGAGGAUAAGAAUAGGGUGCCAUAUGUCAAGGGAUGCACAGAGCGUUUUGUCUCCAGCCCAGAUGAGGUUAUGGAUGUUAUCGACGAGGGCAAAGCUAACCGCCAUGUUGCCGUGACCAACAUGAAUGAGCACAGUUCUCGCAGCCACAGCAUCUUUCUGAUCAACAUCAAGCAGGAGCAUGUGGAGACUGAGCAGAAACUGUGUGGAAAACUGUACCUGGUGGAUCUGGCUGGCAGCGAGAAGGUCAGUAAGACCGGAGCUGCAGGAGCUGUCCUGGAUGAGGCUAAAAACAUCAACAAGUCUCUUUCUGCUCUGGGAAAUGUCAUCUCUGCCUUGGCUGAGGGCACGAAAACUCAUGUGCCGUACCGUGACAGCAAAAUGACCCGCAUCCUGCAGGACUCUCUCGGCGGGAACUGUCGCACCACCAUGUUCAUCUGCUGCUCUCCGUCCAGCUACAAUGACGCUGAGACCAAGUCGACUCUGAUGUUCGGACAACGUGCCAAGACCAUUAGGAACACCGCCUCCAUCAAUCUGGAGCUGACGGCAGAGCAGUGGAAGAGGAAGUUUGAGAAGGAGAAGGAGAAGAACAAGUCUCUGAAGGACACCAUUCAGAAGCUGGAGACUGAGCUCAACCGCUGGAGAAAUGGAGAGAACGUGCCUGAGACCGAGCGCACCACAUCUGACGUGGUGACCCGUUUCGAGUCAGUGGAGGAGCGCCCCAUUUUGGACAACGACAACUCCUCCAUUGUGGUUCGCAUUUCUGAGGAGGAGCGUCAGAAGUACGAGGAGGAGAUCCGCAAGCUGUACAAGCAGCUGGAUGACAAGGAUGACGAGAUCAACCUGCAGUGCCAGUUGGUGGAGAAGCUGAAGCAGCAGAUGCUGGACCAGGAUGAGCUCCUAGCCUCGUCCAAGGGGGAUGGGGACAAAGUCCAGGCUGAGCUCUGCAGGCUGCAGGUGGAGAGCGACUGUGCCAAGGCUGAGGUUAAGGAGGUGCUGCAGGCUCUGGAGGAGCUGGCCAUCAACUAUGACCAGAAGAGCCAGGAGGUGGAGGAGAAAGGCCUGCAGAACCAGCUGCUGGCUGACCAACUGUCCCAGAAAAUGGCCAGUCUGAUGGAGCUGGAGGCAGAGCUGUCUCGUAUGCAGGAAGUGAGCGGUCAGCAGAGGAAACGCAUUGCUGAUGUCCUCAAUGGUCUGAUGAGGGAUCUCAGUGAGUUCAGCACCAUCGUGGGCAACGGGGAGAUCAAGCUGCCCGUAGAGAUUAGUGGCGCAAUUGAGGAGGAGUUCACGGUUGCUCGCCUCUACAUCAGCAAGAUCAAGUCGGAGGUGAAGAGCAUGGUGAAGCGCUGCCGCCAGCUGGAGAACAUGCAGCUUGAGUGCCACCGCAAGAUGGAGGAGACCGGGAGGGAGCUCUCCUCCUGCCAGCUCCUCAUCUCUCAGCAUGAAGCUAAGAUCCGCUCUCUUACGGAGUACAUGCAAAGUGUGGAGCAGAAGAAGAGGCAGCUGGAGGAGAGCCACGACUCGCUGAGCGAAGAGCUGGCCAAGCUGCAAGACCAGGAUAACUCUCUGCAGGAGGACAAGGAGGGAGAGAAGGGUGAGACUGAGGAUGGAAAUGUGAAGAAGACCAUUCGUCAGCAGGGCGAGUCCCACCGUGGCCUCCAUCACAAGCAGCUGGCCCGCCUCCGGGAUGAGAUCAAUGAGAAGCAGAGGAUCAUUGACGAGCUCACUGAUCGUAACUCCAAGCUGGAGCUGGAGCUUGCUCAGGUUCGUGCUGACUUUGAACGCCUGAAGAGUCAGGACAGCACCAAGAGCGAGCGCCUGGAAGAGCUCUCAUUCCUGCAUGAGCGCCAUGAGCAGACUAAACAGGACUUGAAGGGUCUGGAGGAGACUGUCGCCCGCGAACUCCAGACCCUCCACAACCUGCGCAAGCUGUUCGUUCAAGACCUCACGUCGCGGGUUAAAAAAAGUUCCGAAAUGGAACCUGAUGAUAGCGGAGGGUCUUGCACCCAGAAGCAGAAGAUUUCCUUUCUUGAGAAUAACCUGGACCAACUUACAAAGGUUCACAAACAGCUGGUUCGUGACAAUGCAGAUCUGCGUUGUGAGCUUCCAAAGUUGGAGAAACGUCUUCGGUCUACUGCUGAGAGAGUUAAGGCCCUGGAGACUGCACUGAGGGAUGCCAAGGAGGGCGCCAUGAUGGACCGCCGGCGCUACCAGCAAGAGGUCGACCGUAUCAAGGAUGCCAUGAGGGCAAAGAAUGCCAUGAGGCGCCCCCACGCAGCACAGAUCGCCAAGCCAGUGAGACCGAAGCAUCUGUCUGUCUGCUCUCCCACCAACCCGUUCUACACUUACAUCCGCGCCACUGAACACGCCAACACCUACAGCAACGCCCUUUUCCAGGGCAACGUCACGCAGCCGAAAUCCGCCAGCCUCAACUGCAACCCAAACUCUGUCCAAAGCAACACAAUUUCCACAGCACUGGGCUACAGAGCAGGCAGAUAUAAUGGAGACAUACUGGAAUCCUACCCACUCAACAUUGACAACGGUAACAGCAUCAGUGAAACAAGAGACAUCAAUGACAACAGCAGGAGUGAUGUUCACUGUGGCAGCGAGAUGGAUGAUUCAAACAGGCACUACAUCAUUCAGCAGGAGACCGCUGCAAGUUAAUGCCAUGAAGAUGACCAAAUACUGUACCCGUCCAAGGACCCUCCUCCUCCCAUGUGCAUGCAGCCUGUCUCCCCAUUCCUCCACUGCAUCACUGAUGAAGAUCUGUAGCCCCUGUAGUCUUCAAACUAGAUGAAGCCCCUCCUGCUCCUAUGGUGACCACUCUCACCCUCAGGGUUGGGGUCCAGUGUCUCCCAGUUCAGCCAGUCCAGGAAGUAAAUUAAAUCAGAAUUGUUUGUUUUCUUUUAAAUACACAAUGUUCUCUUUUCAACUCAUCGAUCCUUCAGCCAAUCACUUUGUCACCGGACAUUGCUGAUGCUGAUUACCUUCUGAGAUGGGUGAACUGAACCUGGACCCCAUCCCUGAAUACCUAGUACACACACUUUGUAAAUAUUAGUGCUGUAUACUCCAGUAGAGGUUUUUGACCAGCAACUGUUUGUGUGAAUGUACAGGCUCCACCGUCCCCUGCACAUUUCUCCUUAAGGGCAUCAUGUGGAUGACAUACUGUAGGCAGACAUGACCUUUUUCUCUGUCAUAAAUAAGAGUAUAGUGUGUAAUGCCAGCUUGUAACGGAAGACCCACACUCUGCAUGCAUGUCGCUUAGCCGGUUUAGCUUUCAAAACUUUGCAUGUGAUUCCAGUCAGAGCUGGUAUGCUACGAGUGAAGCGUCUGAUCGACUUCGACAGAUGUCUCACACACACACACACACACACACACAGAGCUGGUUUCCCUUAAUCCUGAUCCAGGUAUCAGUGCUCUAGAUUUUAGAAGAUAGGGGACAUAAGACCUAACAUGCAUCAAGGGAACCCAGCUCAGACUUGCAAUCUGUAUCAAGGAAAAACUUGUGUAAUUGCUUUGAUACUGUGAUGUUGCAGCUCUAUGAUGCCAUUGUACCUUUCAGGUAAUGGUGCCCACUUUCCUUUAACAUGGCUUCUUCCCUACAUUGCAUCCACAUCUUGUUGUCUUCAUAGCAAGCCUUAACAAGAGCUGAUUUCUCAUGGUCAGUCUAAUAGGCCAUCACGUGCAUACAUUUGUAAUUACUACCUCUAGAGCAACUCAAUAUACACUUAUUCAGUAAACUAAGAAAUAUUCAUUUUAAAUGCUGAAAAUGAGCUGAUCUUAGAGUUUCUAGAGAAAGUUGCAACCAUAGCACACCAAUAGCUGUAAGUAGAAUUUAAUGGUCUUAUCAGAGCAGUAGUUAGAUUCUUCUGAAGUUCACACAGAUUCCUUCUCCAUCAUAAAAUCAGGAUCAGAGCUGGGCUAGAAACAUGGUAUGAAGAAGUAUGGCAUAAAAGUAUGCCACAUUGAUAUUCGGAUAUUUUCCUAAGCUCUCUGGUGAUAGGUUUAUUUUCCUAUAUGGCACCUAUAAGGCUGAAAUUAUGAUGCCUGCAUCCUUCGUUUUUUAAUACCAAGUUACACUGUUGAUUUAUGUACCCUGUGUUAUCUAAACUAUCUAAACAGAAAUCAUCUAGUGAUAUGGAAGUUACUCAGUUAUUGAGUGAUUUUUAAACAGACCAUGUCAAAAGUCCAAUGAUUAGAGAAUGUCUGCAAACGAGUCCCCAGCUGAGCAGCCACCAGCCUGGGACAGACAGACCGUUUGACAGAAGCUUGUUGUUUAUAGCUUGUUAUCAGGCUGUGCUGCUGCUCUUCUGCUAGAAAUCCUGACCAGCCAAUCAGGAUAGAAGAGAGCAGCACGGAUCGGGUGGGUUAUGAAGAGACGGAUGCAUUUGGACUGAGCUGAGUCACUGAAUUAAAGGACAGAUUAUACCAGAAGUUAGUCGUUCUUAAAGGAAAACUGCAAAGCAACCAAGUACCUUAAGUAAAUAAGUAAGAGAAAGAUUUAAUUUUGAUUUCCAUUUGCACUUUGCAUUCACUCUUUGACCAGAUGUAUUUGAUUACAAGUUGCAAUUCUUCAGAGCUUUAUUAUUAAUCUAUUAAUAUUUGGAUAACAGCAUUUUCAAUUUUAUAUUGAAAAAUAUUUCUCAUUGUAAAUUUCAUUGUGUUAUGUCACAUGACUUGACUUGUUCUACUUGUUGUAAAUUAGCCCCAGUAAGUCGUCCCCAGUCAUCUGAUCCUGAAUAGCCUCAUUCAUGACAUCAUCGCUCUGUCUCAUGCUCUUACUGGCAUUAACAACAUCUCAGGGCUUCACAUUUACGACCACAACCACCAUGAGCCACCACCACCACCAUCUUCCUCAUGGACUUAAAACCAUACAUACAGUGGUACAAUCAGGAAGGUGUAUGUUCUUCAAGGUUUAGCAGACAUACAGGAUCGUAAAUCUAAUAUAAUGAAAAUAACAUCAUUUCAUACAUAGUUUGAAACAUUUCCAUUCUAGCACAUGACAUCUAAAAUGAAAAAAAUCCCUCAGCUGCUCCUGGUCAGACUCUACUGUGUGUCCAAGCAGACCCCCUAGUUUUAAUUAUAAUCAAUAAAUUUGAAGGAGUGGGGGAAAUGUGUGCUAUAUUGUCACCUGCUGUUCCACUGUCUGAUUUCAACAUAUCUAACAUAAAUGUGCUAUAUAUUGUUAAUCUUGUAAGUAAAAUAGCGUGCCAAGACAUAGUAAAAUGCAAGAGAAAGGUACACGCUAACUUUGUUCAGAGAAAUGUUUGUUUUAUUUAUUUCUGUAUGCCUAUACUGUAGCGUCAACAUGAUUAUGUGAAGAAUCACCGUGCAGAAUUUCUGUAUAUAUAGACUCAUCACUAUGCUGUAUUGUAUGUGCACCACUGUGUUGUAGUAAAAAAGUUCAAUAAACUUGUAGAAAGAACUUUGUUGAUUGGAAUCAUUUGGGUCCAGAGGAAUGUUUGAAUAACAUGGAAGAAGUUU